UAACACUGUAAGUUGCUCUGGAGAAAAUUGUCACAUAAAUGAUUAAAUGUAAAUGGAUCACAAGUGAGUUAUUGCUAUUGCAUAAUUGUUCAUGAAUGUGAUUUUUUUUUCAGUUGUUCUGGCGAUAGGUUGAUCUUGAAAACUCAUACCUGCACCCACCAUAUACCCACAGGGAGACCCAAACGUACGCACCCGGCGACCUGUCUUGGUUACCACAGACAAACGCCGAGCUGAGAUUUUCGAGACCGUGCCCACAGUCCAGAUCCCUUUCUCCAUGCCAGCCUAAAAGAAAGAGACAGUGAAGCAGGAAAGCAGAGUGUGUCCCCUCUUGCCCUGCGAACCAGUACAGUUGUAUUGACAGUGGCAACCAAGUAAAAAACUGGCAAUUUUUUGGAUCAUGUUGUAAAACUGUGUACUGCUGCUGCCUCUGGACACCAAAAACCCUCGGUGGUCCACAGUUUGGCAGCCCCUGCUUUAGUGCUCAGAGUACAUUUAUGCUGUCGAAUGUCCCCUCGCUCAAAGUACUGACUGGGGGUCUCGCUUCCAGUUGCCUGUCUGUGUUGUGGCCGGUGGGCAUGGUGCUGGAGGGCAGCUCUGAGGCCCUGUACCCCCCUCCAUCCCUGGAGCUCCGUCCAUCCUGCAACAAGAGCCAGCCCUCUCCCCCGCUGGGCUCUGGCUCCCAGCCCCAUGACAGCUUCUACCAGGGGGACAAGGAGCAGGUGAAGUAUGGGGAGCUCAUCGUUUUGGGGUACAAUGGCUCCUUGGCCAAUGGAGACAAGGGUCGCAGGAGAAGUCGCCUGGCACUUUACAAAAGGCCCAAAGCCAAUGGAGUCAAACCUGACAUUAUACACAACAUCUCUACCCCCCUGGUGUCAAAGGCUCUGAGCAACAAAAGCCAGCACAGCAUCUCGUACACCCUGUCCCGAAGUCAUUCCGUCAUUGUGGAGUACACGCACGACCCCACCACAGACAUGUUCCAGAUCGGACGCUCCACCGAAAGCAUGAUCGACUUCGUGGUGACGGACACAACGCCCAGCGGGCAGGGGGCUGCGGGGGAGGGCGGCCAGUCGGCGCAGAGCACCAUAUCCCGCUACGCCUGUCGCAUCAUAUGCGAGCGCAGCCCCCCCUACACGACGCGCAUCUACGCGGCAGGCUUCGACUCCUCCAACAACAUCUUUCUGGGGGAGAGGGCUGCCAAGUGGAGGACGUCGGACGGCUUGAUGGACGGACUGACCACGAACGGGGUGCUGGUCAUGCACCCGGCCGGGGAGUUUGUGGCCGAGCCAGCGCCGGGGGUCUGGAGGGAGAUAUCCGUGUGCGGGAACGUCUACGCCCUGAGGGAAACGCGCUCGGCCCAACAGAGGGGGAAGCUGGUGGAAAACGAGUCCAACACCCUGCAGGACGGUUCGCUGAUAGACCUGUGCGGGGCCACGCUCCUGUGGCGCACCCCGGCAGGCCUGCGCCGCACCCCCACGUUGAAGCAGCUCGAGUCCCUGCGGCAGGAGCUCAACGCGGCACGGCCGCAGUGUCCCGUGGGCUUCAACACGCUCGCCUUCCCCAGCCUGGCGCAGCGGGAGAUCGUGGACAAGAAGCAGCCCUGGGUCUACAUGAACUGCGGCCACGUGCACGGUUACCACAACUGGGGCUUCCGGAAGGAGAAGGGGGGCGGGGCCGGCGGGGGAGGGGGCUCACUGGCCGCCACCAGCGAGAGAGAGUGCCCCAUGUGUCGGCGGGUGGGGCCGUACGUACCCCUGUGGCUGGGCUGCGAGGGGGGCCUGUACCUGGAUGCGGGCCCCCCCACCCACGCCUUCUGCCCCUGCGGCCACGUUUGCUCGGAAAAGACAGUGCAGGGCUGGAGCCAGAUCCCGCUGCCCCACGGCACUCACGCCUUCCAUGCCGCCUGCCCCUUCUGCGGCACCUGGCUGACGGGCGAGCAGGGCUACGUCAAACUCAUCUUCCAGGGACCCCUCGACUGAGGCUGCCCGGGGGCACCGGGACUCUAGACCAGGGAGCGGGAAGGGGUGGGGGGGCGGAAAGAAGGCCAGACAUGAGGUGUCAGAGGAGGAGACGGAGGACAACACCAUGUUAGGUAGGCAAGGAGAAUGUGUUGAAUA